GCGACGUGAGGCGGGCGUUCCUGGCGCUUCGUGGAGAUCCUGGGAAAGCGAAAUGGAGGGGUGUGUGUCUAACCUAAUGGUCUGCAACCUGGCCUACAGCGGGAAGCUGGAGGAGCUGAGGGAGAGCAUCCUGGCCGAUAAAUCCCUGGCUACCAGAACUGACCAGGACAGCAGAACCGCAUUGCACUGGGCAUGCUCAGCUGGACAUACAGAAAUUGUUGAAUUCUUGCUGCAACUUGGAGUGCCAGUGAAUGAUAAAGACGAUGCGGGUUGGUCUCCUCUUCACAUCGCUGCUUCUGCCGGCCGGGAUGAGAUUGUGAAAGCGCUUCUGGGGAAGGGUGCUCAAGUGAACGCUGUCAAUCAAAAUGGCUGCACUCCCCUACAUUACGCAGCUUCCAAAAAUAGGCACGAGAUUGCUGUCAUGCUACUGGAAGGCGGUGCUAAUCCAGAUGCUAAGGACCAUUACGAGGCUACAUCAAUGCACCGGGCAGCAGCCAAGGGUAACUUGAAGAUGAUUCAUAUCCUUCUGUACUACAAAGCAUCCACAAACAUCCAAGACACUGAGGGUAACACUCCUCUACACUUAGCCUGUGAUGAGGAGAGAGUGGAAGAGGCAAAACUGCUGGUGUCCCAAGGAGCAAGUAUUUACAUAGAAAAUAAAGAAGAAAAGACACCCCUGCAAGUGGCCAAGGGUGGCCUGGGUUUAAUCCUCAAGAGAAUGGUGGAAGAUUAAACAGCUUGAGUUUAUCCUUACUUUAUGUUUUCUCUGUUGUCCCCAAUGUCCUGGAAGCUGAUAUACUUGUGCACCAGGUACCCUCUAUGAAUCGUGACUUUUUUCACCUUCAAAGUCUUACAAACAUGUUGCCUAAUAUUCCUGCUGAGGUACCUGUUCUAAAUUUACAACUUGGCUUUCUAGGCAUUUAAUAACUGUCAAGAUUGUUCUACUGUUGUUGUAUAUUAGUCUGUAUUGAAUAUUGGUUUAUUUGGAAUAAGUGAUUCUGUGUCUGUUGCGAGUCUUCAGCACUCUCGCAUGCACUUUCCAUCCCCUUGGGAAGCAGAAGAAUCCCAGUAGCAGCAGGCCCAUUGUCCUGCCAUAUGGUUCUAGGUCGAUUGUCUGUGUUCCUCCAUACACUUGAAACACAUCCUAACUUGUUUCUCAAGUUCACUCAGAGGCCUAUGCCAAAUAUUUCUGAUUGCUGGAUUUUUCUUUCAAUUAUAAGGUUUAAUUUAUUUUUGUUAUAGGAGGAAUAUAUAUAUAUAUAUAUAUGAGUGGACCAAAUUUUAAGCUGGAGGACAUGCUCUAAAGUAAUGGAAAGUAAUAGCCUGUGGACCAUGUAUUUUACUGAUGACUUGCUUCCUCUCUAAAACAAAACAUUGUUUUUGAAAAGCAAGUGUUGAAGUUACCUAUAUUCAGUCAUCCUAUAUUGAAAAGAAUGUUAAGCUUGUUAAAAUGAUAUGUAACAAAAAUGUAUUUUGAUUUGUAUUAAAGAAACUAAAAAACCCUUGAAAGAAUCUCCCAGUUUU